CGCUUUGAUACCUUGUAACUCAAUGGCGGGUAUUUCCACGCGACUCGUGCGGCAAUAAAAUAAUUGUAGUUGAAAAUUCACUGAAUAUAAACUGACCUUAAGAAACGGUCAGGUUGUUUGCACUUACCUAGACGCGUUUUCUACAUUUGUUUUGCUUUUUGAACCGGAGAAUAUGUGAAGAAGUUGGUAUUCUAGUAGUGAAUUAACGGUCGCGGCUACUGAGGAGACUGGAAGUUUGUAUGAGCUACUUAUUUUACCUCAAAGCGCCGCAGUCGGGCUCUCAUUUACAACUUUUAUUCUCGUUUCGACUUGGACAUGCUGACCAUGUGCAGUGGACAGUGUAUGACAGGCUGCAGGCGCCCACGUUUCUCUCACGUUUGAGAUAAGUCUGAGUUUUGACCUCUGUGUGGUUGCAUUAGAGUGAAUUUGAAGCUAUAAUAAGUAGCAAUAAUGGCGAAAUGUGAAGCUGUCGUGUUCCUGUUGGUGCUCUUCUGCCACUGCUACUGCUCUAAAGCUGCUAAGCUGAAUAUCCCCAAAGUCCUGCUACCUCUUGCCAGAAGUACGAAAAUCAACUUUACACUGGAGGCCACUGAAGGGUGCUACAGAUGGUCCUCGAACAGACCGGAAGUGGCCAGUAUUGAGGCUGUGGAUGUGGACGAGCGUCAGUGUUCCCACAGAGCUGUGCUUCAGGCCCGCUCCACGCAGCCCUCCAGACUGACCAGUAUUAUCUUAGCUGAGGACAUUGUGACGGGCCAGGUACUGCGCUGUGAUGCCAUCGUGGACAUUAUCAGUGAGAUUCAGAUUGUCUCCACCACACGGGAGCUCCACUUGGAGGACUCUCCUCUGGAGCUGAAGAUCCACGCACUGGAUUCGGAAGGAAACACAUUCAGUACUUUAGCUGGACUCGUGUUCGACUGGAGCCUCGUGAAGGGGACAGAAAUGACUACUUACCCUGAUUCCUACAACUCACUACGAGUCCUCAAAUUCUCUGAGUCAACCUACACUCCGCCAAGUUACAUCUCUGAGAUGGAGAGAGUAGGAAAGCAAGGAGAUAUCAUCUUGGUGUCAGGCAUCAAAACUGGCCACGCAAAACUGAAAGCCAAAAUCCAGGAGGCUCUUUAUACAAAUGUUGGAGCUGCUGAAGUAAGACUGCUCAUUCUUGAGAACAUCCUCCUGAGCCCUGCUUACGACAUUUACCUGCUCGCCGGCACCUCCAUCAAAUACAAGGUUCAGAAAAUCCGCCAAGGAAAGAUCACAGAGCUGGCCAUGCCCUGUGAUCAAUACGAACUCCAUGUGAAGAACAGUGUGGUAGCACCUGGAGGAGACCCUUAUUCGGCCGUAGCAGAGCUGGACCAGAGCACCUCCACCGUGCAUGCCCUUCAGCACGGCCACACCAACAUCGUGCUGGAUCACAAGAGUCUUGGUAUGAAGGGUGCUUCCCGACUACCAAACAGCACGAUAUAUGUGGUGGAACCUGGAUAUUUAGUAUUUAAGAUUAAUCCUGGAGACCACUGGAUUCUGGAGACCAAGAGAAUCUAUGAAAUCUUCAUUGAAGUGUUUGACAAGUCAAGUAACAAGAUUCAUCUCUCUGAUAACGUACGGAUAGGAACCACCUUCCCCAAGGAGUUCUUCAAGGUUUUGGAGUCGUCCCUGAACGGCUCGUACCACCGUGUGAAAGCUUUGAAGCAUGGCCAGACCAUCAUUGACGGCACCCUGAAGUCUGUUGUUGAUCGGAGGGGAACCAUCCAUAUGCUUCCUGUUCCAGUGCGGAACGAGCAGGAUGUUGAAAUUUACAACCCCAUAGUCCUCACCCCUUCUAUCCUUACAUUUCCAUGGCAACCUAAAGAAGGAGCCUACCAGUACACCAUCAAGGCAACUGGAGGCAGUGGAAACUUCAGCUGGUCUUCGUCCAACGCUGCUGUCGCCACAAUCACAGUGAAAGGAGUCAUGACCACUGUGAGGGACGUUGGUGUUAGCACCAUCUAUGCACAUGACCUUCGCAACCCACUCCAUUACGGAGAGAUGAAGGUUUAUGUGAUCGAGCCGGUUGGGAUGGAGUUCAGUCCGUGUGCGGUGGAGGCGCGUGUGGGCCUGGGGCUGGAGCUUCCACUGCGCAUCUUUGGUCAGCUGAGCUGGGAGGAUGGAGAGAGAGUCACUCUCAGCGACUGCUCCCACUUUGACCUGCAGGUCGAGAUGGAGAACAGUGGCAUCUUUCAGUUGUUGGAGGGGAGAUUACCUCCAGGACAGGACCGCUGCAGUGGAGUGCGAGUCCAGGCUUUGGCUCCAGGCUACACCAACCUGCUGGUCAGCUACACACAUGGCAACGUUCACCUAAAUGCAAAGAUCACCAUCGCCGCCUACCCUCCACUCAGGGCUGUGGACCCUGUAUCUGUUGCCCUGGUUACUCUUGGCUCCUCUAAAGACAUGCUCUUUGAGGGCGGCCCAAAGCCCUGGGUCCUGGAACCUUCCAAGUUCUUUAGAAACCUCACAGCAGAGGACCUGAACAGUGUGACACUCACCCUUACUGGCCCAGCAUCAAGGAGCUACUUCAGACACACAGUACAAGCUACCUGCAAAGCCCUGGGUGAACAGGUCUUGGCAGUGACUGUAGGGAACCAGCCCACCGUGACCAACCCAUUUCCAGCUGUGGAGCCAGCAGUGGUGAAGUUCAUCUGUGCUCCUCCUUCACGCCUGACCCUUGUACCCGUCUACACAAACCCUCAGCUGGACCUGUCCUGCCCCCUGCUCCAGCAGAACAAACAAGUGGUGCCUGUAUCUAAUUAUCGUAAUCCCGAACUGGACCUGGCAGCAUUUGACCAGCAAGGGAGGAAAUAUGACAACUUCAGCUCUCUGAGCAUGUUCUGGGAGUCCUCCAAAGUGGCUCUGGCCAGCAUUGAGCCCACAAAGCCCAUGGAGCUGCACCUGCUCGAGGAUAGCAACAAGCAGAAGAAGCUUCAUGGCCGUCAGACCGUGCUUGUCCAUCACCAGUCUGGAGUUGCAGCCAUCACUGUUACUGCAGUUGGCUACCAGUCAUCUCACCUGGAGGCAGCAGCAGUUCUCCCUGGGUUUGAGCCUCUGACACCUGUGUCUGCUACACUGGAUCUCCUGCUGGUGGAGGACGUGCGAGUGAGCCCAGAAUCUGUCACCAUAUAUAACCACCCUGGUGUGCGGGCUGACCUCACUUUACAGGAGGGCUCUGGCUAUUUCUUUGUCAACACGAGUGUUGCGGGAAUAGCUGAAGUUGUGUUCCAGGAGUCGCAGGGAACCGCUGAGGUGGUGCCAGUGCGGCCAGGGGUUUUGCAGGUGAUGGUUCAUGACCUGUGCUUGACCUUCCCUGCCCCUGCCACAGCUACAGUUCACAUCUCAGACAUUCUGGAGGUUUACGUCCGUGUGGUUGACAAGGUGGAGAUAGGGAAGUCCGUCAAAGCAUACGUCCGAGUUUUGGACGACAACAAGAAGCCCUUCCUCGCCAAGUAUUUCUCACACAUGAAUCUGAAACUGAAGGCCGCAUCAUCAAUUGUUUCUUUGCAACCACUGACAGAGUACUCUGAGAAGGACACCGCUACUUUCCUGGUCAAAGGCCUGGCAAUUGGCCAGACAAGUGUGUCUGCUGUGGUGAUGGACAAGAAUGGAAGGAAAAUUACAUCUGCACCACAGCAAAUUGAAGUUUUCCCACCUUUCAGGCUUCUUCCAAGAAAAGUCACUCUGAUUAUAGGUGCAAUCAUGCAGAUCACUUCAGAAGGAGGACCACAGCCCCAGUCUAACAUCCUCUUCUCUCUAAGCAAUGCCAACAUAGCAUCUAUCAACAGUAUGGGUCUUGUUCGUGGCAUCGCCGUUGGCAACAUGACUGUAACUGGAGUUGUUCAAGCGGUCGACACAGAAUCUGGCAAACUUGUGGUGGUUUCCCAGGAUCAAGUGGAGGUAGAGGUCAUCCAGCUGAAAGCCAUCCGCAUCCGAGCUCCUAUCACAAGAAUGAAGUCUGGCACCAUGAUGCCAGUGCAUGUGAUGGGUCUAACCAGCAGUCAGACACCCUUCUCUUUUGGUAAUGCUCUGCCAGGGCUUACCUUCCACUGGUCCGUAACUAAGAGAGACAUUCUGGAGGUGCACACACGCCACUCAGAGGCCUCUGUCCAGCUCUCUGCUGAGCAUAACUUUGCGAUGAAUGUGGUUGGCCGAAACAAGGGUCGCACAGGCCUAAAGGUGGUGGUGAAGGCUAUAGCCCCUGAGGACGGCCAUCUGGAGGGCAAUGCUGUAGAGCUGUCUGAUGAGAUUCAGAUACAGGUUUAUGAGAAAUUGCAACUGUUGAACCCAGAAGUGCAAGCUGAGGAGAUUCUGAUGUCCCCAAACUCCUUAUUAAAGCUUCAAACCAACAGGGAUGGCCAGGGUGCGGUGUCAUAUCGGGUGCUCGACUGUCCAGACAAAGGUGCACUCAUCCAAGUGGAUGACAAAGGCUAUUUAUCUUCAGGCUCUCUGACCGGCACGGCUUCUUUACAGAUCACCUCUCAGGAGACUUUCGGAGUCAACCAAACAAUCAUUCUUGCUGUGAAGGUGGUCACCGUGUCUUACCUGAGAUUGAGCACCAGUCCAGCGCUGCACAUGGCUAACAAGGAAACAUUGUCUGCUAUCCCUCUGGGCUCAGUCCUGACUUUCACUGUUCACUUCCACGACAGCACCGGUGAAGCUUUACACAGCCACAACUCCCACCUCACCUUCUCCACCAACAGAGAUGACCUGGUGCAGGUGGGAAAAGGCCCCAGUAACGGCACCCUGAUGGUUCGGACCGUGAAUGUGGGUCUGACACUGCUGGGUGUGUGGGACACAGAGCAGGCUGGCCUGGCUGAUUACAUCGCUCUGCCUGUACAGCACGCCAUCCACCCAACAGAGGCCCAAAGCCUCAUUGUCGGAGAUGUUGUCUGCUUUUCAGCCCAGCUCAUCAGCCAAGACGGACUCUCUGGCACGUGGAGCUCUUCAUCCAGUGCCAUUUUGGAGAUCCAUCCCAAAACUGGUGCGGCCGUAGCCAGAGACGUGGGCACAGUGACAAUUUACUAUGAGAUACCGGGCCAGCUGCGCACUUACAGAGAGGUUGUUGUGAAAAGUGUCUCCAGAACAGCAGUCAUGGUUCCUUCAGGUGCGAUGAGAACUGACAAAGAGACCAGGGUGCUGCUGACCACCAGAGAACAAGGAACUAACCUCAUUGGAACCUGCUCAUCGGCACAAACUGACAGCAUCAGCUCACUGCAUCCAGAAUCCACCAUCAGCUGCCAUCUCCAGUUCACCAGCGAUGCAGUCCACUUUUCCGCUCACGAUGUCUACCAGAUAAAAACCUCUUUUGAUACCACGACAGGCUUCUACAGUUGUGUGCUGACCUAUCGGCCCAUGACAGACCAGCAGAUCAAGGUGCUGUCCAUGUCCAUGACAAAUGUGGUGGUGCGUGCUGCCGUGGAAGGCAGCCAUUUCUCCGGUGAGCAGGUCGCCGUUCAGCUGCCCGUAAGCCCGGGCUUCUACGCUGACCAGACGGACAUCAUCCUGAGCAGCCAGCACAGCUCUGCUGACCUGACUGUUUACGGAGCCUCAGCAGCUCUUCAGCACCUGGAGGUGAAGUCGAGCUCGCCCUCCAUUGUGGUUCAGGAAAAGGAGGUUUCCUACAGUUAUCCGAGCUUCAUCAAAUAUACAGUCAGCCUAGUCAGCCCACCAGGAACGUCAUCUGCCACUGUGUCUAUAUCGAGUGCCUCCAGCGGCCAGGUUCUGGUCGUUCCUGUCACAGUAAUAAAUGUAGCUGAUAUGAGCACCUCAAUGAAAGUCAGUGCUGUUGGAAGUGAAGGAGCUGGGAUUCUCCAGCAGUUUGUGGACUCAUACCAAGUAAUGUUCUUCACCCUCUUUGCUCUUCUGGCUGGUACAGCUGUAAUCGUGAUUGUCUGCCACGCACUUUUCUCCCCACGAGACCAACCAGUUCACCCUGCCUUUAUCCAGAGGUCACCGCCUUCACCAGCCACACCGGCUGCAAGCCCCUUCAACCACACUAUGGCCUCGAACGUGAAGGGUAGCCCGAAGUUGCGUCUGUUUUCGCCCGACUACAGCUCGCGAUGAAAAAGAGACAUGAAAUAAUCAGUCUUUCAGAAGUGCCUUCUCUGUGAGGAUAAGAUUCGAAGAUAUUCGCUUGUGUGCAUAAAGUAAUCGCUUUCUGAAUUACAGCUUGAGUUUGUGCUGAAUAAGGAUUUGUUGCUGCACUGCAAAUCUGAACUGUCAAUGUUCUUGCAAAAAGUGAGUGUGUUGUGUUUUAGUAUAUGUGUGUGGUAUUACCAGUUAUUGCUUUUUAUUUCUUUUUUUUUCUUAUGUUAAGUUUGAUUUACUGUUUGCUUUUUGUUUCAUUGUGUAAAACUAAUUGAUUAUUAUUUAUCACCUUUUUUUCGCUGUGCCAGUUUUAUACUUUUGCCACUUAUAUUUUUAUUAUAGUGGACUGUACAUGUGAAUGAUUUGAAACUCAGGACAAAUCUUCCAGUGGAAACACUGCUGAUCUGAUAUACACAGUGUAGCAUAUUAUAUUGUGAAUAGUAUGACCACUGAAUCCGUCCAAAAACAGUCUUUUCUUAAUGCAGAAUAAUAUCGGCCAGUCUGUACGAUCUGUGAUAUUGUUUCUACUGUUUAUUUAGAGGAUCAGAAAUGGUUUAUUUUAUGAUCCAGUAUCGUGCAGCUUCUCACCUUGACUGAUGUGAAACGUGAAGUCCUUGAACGACCUGCUAAAAACUUGAGUUUUGAUUUUAUUGUGAUAAAAUACUUUUUAUGGUCAGUUCCUACUGUAGGUUCUGACUGAAUACAAGAUUACAAUAGCAGUUCUGAAGGAGCUCCAUGGGCGUAAAGCUCGUACUGUUUAAGUGAGCGAACAAAGUGCUCUCAUUGUGAAUUGUGAAUCAUUUGCAUUUGAUUUUUUUUCCCUGCAUACCUCAGUGGGCAGGGAUCAGGAGCCAUGAAGUGACUUUGUGGCCCGUAAGACUGCAGCGUCGUAUAAAAUGAGGAAUCAGUUUUUGUGUUUCAGUUUGCUUCAAUUUUCUGUUCCUAAUGAACUCUCCAUUUGUGUAUUGCUCUAUUUGUGUAUUGCUCAUUUUUUUCCAAAUGUCAGUUUUAUGUUGUAAAGAAUUUUGCCUUUCUCAUCUUCUGAAAGAGUUUGAAGUUAGAGUGUAUAUAUCAGAAUACAAGCCUGCCUGCCCUUAAAAGAAUAUACAUCUAUAUAUAUUAUAGAACGCUUUUUUGUAAUACUUGUUUGGCUGAUCUUUGCUAAAUAAACA